AUGCCAUUGUACUAUAUCACGUAUUGGUUAUUGAAGGGAGUCAGCUACCACGCCUGCGAUAUCUGCUCCAUGACAGACCUAGAGGCACUAUUGAGCCGCAUCCAAACAACUAUCAUCAUCAAAGCAGCAUCUAGCCCACCUUUAGCAGGUCUCAAGACUUCAAAUGCGACGACUAUUGGUUGCACGGAGAACUCACUCACAUGCGCGGCUAAGUGUCCCUCACUCGGAAACGGUACCGGUAAAUUCGAUUCCGUCUAUGCGGAAAAUAUAGUCAAUGCAUGUAUGUGCUGUAUUGAGGCUAUGAUAAAUGAAGAGACGCAUGAGCUAGUACAAUGCUCUGAGGUUGCCGGUGAAGCUUUCAAUGGAGAGCCUGUGGAACUUCGGAGUUUUGACCGUCUUGUAUGGUGUCUUGCGGGUGACAAUAAACCACCAGAGAAGACCAUUGUGGUGCCUAUGGAGUUGCCUUCGGAAGGCAUUAUGUGGGUGUUUAGUGCCGAGACGAAGAAGCCAGAUAGAAAACUGUAG